AAUUAGCCAUAUAACAUUUUGGAAAUUUUAUAAAUACUGUAUAAUAUAUAAUCAGGGAGUUCUCCGCCGUUAGGCAAAAAUCUCUUACUCCACCUGCGGCGACUCUGAGGAAAGAAGUUGAAGAACCGUUCUGCACCAGAUCCCUCUCCGCCGACGGAGGCUGUUCUGGAGCAGUGGUGUUUUAUUGCGUUUUCUUUCGGAGUUAGCGGCGACAGAGGCGCAGGGAUUUGCCAAAAUCUAGAUCGGUCAGUGUCUGGUGAUUUUCACUUGUUUUAGAGAGAGAGGGAUCUAGGAGACAAAAGGGAGAUUCGCAAACUGUAGCAGUUAUGGCAUGGAUAAACAUGAGUAAAAUACUUCUAUUCUCAGCAAUUUUUCGACUCGUUUUGAUCAUUUAUGGAGAAUGGCAAGAUUCCCAUAUGGAGGUUAGAUACACAGAUGUGGAUUACCUCGUCUUUUCUGAUGCUGCCUCGUUAAUGGCGUCCGGAGAAUCCCCUUUCAAAAGAAGUACUUACCGUUAUUCUCCUUUGCUCGCUUUUCUGCUCAUACCCAAUUCCAUUAUUCAUCGUUCAUGGGGUAAAUUCCUCUUCUCUGCUUCAGAUUUACUUGUGGGCAUGUUUAUCCACAACAUUUUGAAGCGGCGUAAGGUGCCUGAGGAUCUAUGCUUAUAUUCUGUAAUGGUAUGGCUCCUCAAUCCAUUUACCUUCACCAUUGGAACCCGUGGGAACUGUGAGCCCAUUGUUUGUGCCAUGAUUUUGUGGACCAUUAUCUGUCUUAUGGAUGGUAAUGUGGUCCAAGCUGCAAUUUGGUAUGGACUAGUUGUCCAUUUCAGAAUUUAUCCUAUAAUCUAUGCGCUCCCUGUUGUUUUGGUUCUUGAUCCAUGCUUCUUCCAAUCUGGUCAGAGGCCUCUCCUUGUGAAUUGGAAAUCCAGUCAACAGAAGACAUCACAGAGUAGUUUGGGAGGACCUAGGGAAUGUGGUAUAUGGAGUCUAUUGAAAAGGAUAUUUACAAGAGAGAGAAUUAAGUUUGGUCUGAUUUCCGGAACCGUUUUUCUUUCUUGUACUGCACUUUUUUUCUACUUAUAUGGAUGGGAGUUCUUGAACGAGGCACUGCUGUACCAUCUCACUCGUACAGAUCCAAGACACAACUUUUCCAUCUAUUUCUAUCACAUAUAUCUCCAUUAUGAACAUGAAUUUUCAAUUUUGGAAAAGCUCAUCUCAUUUUUGCCUCAACUGAUAGUCCAGCUGGUUCUCAUUUUCUGCUUUGCACCAGAUCUUCCAUUUUGCUUUUUCCUGCAGACAGUUGCAUUUGUUGCAUUCAAUAAGGUAAUCACAGCACAGUACUUUGUCUGGUUCUUUUGCUUGUUGCCACUGAUACUUCCAUGGAGCAAUAUGAAGCUGAGGUGGGUAGGCAUAAGUUGCAUGCUUGUAUGGAUGGGUGCUCAGAGCCAUUGGUUGUUCUGGGGUUAUAUGCUUGAAUUUAAGGGCAAAAAUGUUUUUCUACAACUUUGGCUAGCAAGCUUACUGUUUCUGGCUGCUAAUACUUUUGUGGUCGUCAUGUUGAUCCGGCAUCAUAGAUGCUGUCCGAUGUUCAGGCGAUUAGAGCAUUCAAGUUCAAAGAAAUCUGAAUGAGCGAACCAGUGUUGCUGGAAAUUUUGAGGAUCUUUAUAUUGCUUAGGAUAAACACUUCACUUAGGAUAAUGAUUCAAUGCAUAUGCUUACUGUUUGUACAAAUGGUCCGCCUGAUGUUGGCAUUUUUCACUUGAUUCAUCAGCUAUAAGUUUGUGUGCACUGAAUUGUAUUAGUUAUAAAAAAAUUUCAUCACAA